UGCAAAUAUCACGCGGGGAUCACAUGAUAAACCUCAUUGUACUUUGCAAGUCGACAACCCUAAGCCGUCGCAUCGAGUUAGGUGGAAGUUUACUUUAAAGAAGUCAAGUGAACAAAUGUUUAUUGGUAUUUAUGAACAAAUACUUAUUAGUGUAUAAAGAUGAAACACUGAGGGCAAUAAAGAACAUUUUUCGGAGUAGAACUGAAAAGAGGAUUUUACUGGCGAUGAAACUAGUGUCAAUAUGAUAUAACCUUCUACUAUACGGUUGACUUCAAGAGAACCCAUCACUCGAUGGUGAAUGUAGUCUUAUGAGGAUGACCGCCAACACCAACAUAUUUACCGACAAGCGGACAAACAACUGGUUCAAGGCGUGCAUAGCCCUUAAUGUCACAAAGGAAGGGCUGGCUCAUUUUGUUGAUACAGAGAUAACAACAGUCCACAAUGCUGUUGGUAGAAGUUGCGGAAAUUGUUGUACGGAGAACCUAGUAGCAUGUCCCACUAAAGGGAUAUGUAAAAACACAAAGAACUGCAUUUACCAUACACAAACCAAGCGACCCCGCCAAUGUCCAAUGAAACUGUGUAACCUCGCCGCAAAAAGUAUAACCUCACAACAUAGAUAUAAUGGCCCAUCUUGGUUCAACACCAAAGCAGAACUGUGGUCGACAGAUCAUUGGCAAAUCGCCAAAUGUUUUUUCCCACCAGAUGGAUAUAUUAAUGUUUCGUCGAUUUAUGAAACGGAUUUCAACGGUGUCAUCAGUGUGCUUCUUAACUGCAAACAUUUUGAGACCUGUAUUUCAUUUACCAUUGCACCGAAACCACCGGCACCAGAAUGCCUUUUAACACGGGCCCGUCAAAUAGGCCGAGAUAUUCGUCACACACCCGACUGCAAAGUAAGUGACGACGAACUACAUGACUUUUUCCAAACACUGGACACGCUUCUGGCAGAUCCAAAGUGUUUAGCCCAGGAUCCGGUUGCUUCAUCAGCAAGAACUAAACUUUUGGAUUUGCAGAAUGAUUGUCUAACCCUUACUGAACUGGGCGAGCUUUUAAAAGAGGCCAAUCAGAUCCUCAUCCAAGCACGAGAGUCCGGAGAACGAUUUUCAGAAAAUGCUGAAAGGACCCUUACAGAAGCUCUAAAUACCUUAGAGGCUGCUAUACUUGCGGGAGAACAACGCAUUGAAAACAAGAUACAGGAUGGUAUUGAGCGUGUGACUCAAGCAGUUUAUGAAACGGUGCAAGAAGAUUACGAAAGAGCAGUAGCAGACACAUCGUGACACUGUCAUAGACGC